AUGCCGCGUGCCAAGGGCCACAGGCGGACACUAGCCGCCAGGACGAAGUUGGCAGAGCGGCAGUCAUCGACCCCCAUGCCUCCUGUGCCCGAGUUCGUCCCUCGCCGCGGCACUGGGUUCCGCCACCGCGUGCGGAGGUGGCCGACUUCGGACCUGACUGGCCGUCAGGUGAAGUUUGUCCCUCCAGCUUUCGACCCGGAGAAGAAGACUGUCUUCGUCAUCGGCGACUCCCACCUGAGGGGCCUGGUGGAUGGGGACGUCGCCUUACCCAAGGUACCUCUCUCUUUUUCUUUUCUGUCUGUUCCAGGUGGAGGUGCAGCUGACUUGAGGAAAGAGGUGGGGCGCCUGGAGUUCCCGUGGACCCCGGAUGUCGUCUGCGUGCUGGCCCCGAGCAACGACCUGGACCGUGGCGAUGCGGCGGUGGAGUUCGGCGCGCUCCUGACCAGAGUCCGCAGCCGCUGGCCCAAGGUGUUUGUUCUGGACUUCCCCCCGCGUCUGAACAAACCCGUGGGCCUGCAGGAUCUGCUGCGUCAGGAGCACCACCGCGUCGCAGCACGCAUGGGUCUCCCAUUCGUGGCUGUGACCAGCAGCUUCCUGCUGGAUCGGUUGGAGCUGUGGUGUUAUGACGGCGUGCACCUCAGCGACACAGGUGGCUCGCCCAUCCUGGUGGAGCUGUUGUGCGACGCUGCACUCACCCUGUUCGCACCCGAUCCCCCUGCACCUCCUUCCCCUGAGCUGAAGGACUGCCUGGAUCCCCGGACGUGGCCCAGGGUUGGACAGGAGGGAGAGGUAAUGUGUUGCUGUGGGCCGCUGUCUGUAUUUUAG